UACUGUUAUUGCUUUUAUUUACAAUUUGGUCUCUGAAGAAGUCCCAAUGUUGGGACGAAAUAUGUAAGACCAAUAUUUAAUAAUUAUUCUUACUUGAACAAAAUCACUUUUUUACGAUUUAUCUACCUAUUGGAGUACUGUCUGGUUCCUGAUUUAUGGUGAUACUACAAUCUGGAGAAGGGAUAUUUGCCCCCUCCCCUAUCCACUUCGGGGGAGGCACCUUUGUAGUGCAUAUUAUUCAAAAAUCUUGUGAGUUCACUCUAUACCAGUGUGUGUCUUUUAUAAUUAAUUGUUUUACACUAUGUUCUGUUUAUUGAUUUGUUUUUUUCUAGACCAAUCAGCUGAAUCCCACGUGUGCUGUGUGUGUGUGUGUGUGUGUGUGUAUAUCCAAGAAAGAUUUCAGCCACAACUGCAAAAUUGUUUGGAAUACAACGAAAAACCCACAGGUAACCUCAGGAGAAAUACAGGUUGCUCUGGAUGGCUCCUACCACCUACCUUCCCCAAGCUUCAAACACUUAGUUAACCACAUUGCUUGAACUUGUGGAGUUGCUCUCCUAACACAUUAUGUUCACUUAAUUUUCAUGGUAUACUCAUUUUUUUAAAUUGUAUUUUAGUUAUUGCCAUGUCUCUUCCAGGAUUCUAUAUAGCUAGACGACUACCCUUACAGUUCUAACAUGACUGUUGUAUGCUACAUAAUAAAAUUAGAAACCUACAGUCAGUACGGUCUGAUUGUGGAAUAAAUAAAGACUAUAAAAAUGUAAUGUACGGUGAAUAUUGAAAAGUUCAAUUAUCUAUCAGUUCUCUAUGUGCCAGUGUACUUCAUAAUUAAAUUAUUUGGCUAGAGAAAAAUGUAGUAAGCCCUCCCAAUUACAGGAUGAGUUCAUUUUGAUUUGAAUAACCUUUAAUGAAUUUACUUUGAUGCAGAUUUGUGUUGUUAUUCAUUUGUUUUAGUGUAAAGAUGAAAGAGGUCCAUGAUGUCCCAAACGAUGGUCUCCUUGGUAACUUAAGUAAUGAAGCUUUGACCAUACAGCUGCAGCGCUUAUGUUCCCUUUCACAUUGAAAUGUGGGUGGUCUCCACAGCAAGUAGGGUCUUUUCCUAGAGUUAAAGGCAACAUUCAACAGUGGAACCCACGAGAAAGUGUUAACGUAUAUCCAGGUAAUGUAGUGAAAUAAGAUACAUGUCAAUGCAUUGCUAGUGCAUAGAUGUUGAGCAUGUGUCAGCUAACAUAGCUUUCCUUAAUUCAUAAAUCAUAUCGUGAUUUUUUUAAUUUUUUUUUAUCAAUAUGCAAUUAUAUUAUUAGCGUGCAUCAAUACCUAUUCUUAUAUAAUUUCCUGCGUCAUGUCUAAAUAGCUCUUUAGUUCUAACUAGACAGAUUUGCAAUCUACAGGAACAGUUGAGAAAAUCAACUGCAGUCUUUCCCUUUUAAAAAGAGCUUUUUUUAUAUGCAGAGAAUGGACCAUAUUAUGAUAUUUGAAGGCAUCUGAAUAAAUUUGUGGUAUUUUUCCCAUCUGAAUCUCUGGGGAUACUGCGGCAGGAUGGUUAUCAAAGAGGUAAGUGAAAAGACUUUACAAACAACUAUUCCUUACAUCAAAUGGCAUUUUUUCAAAUUUAUCUUUUUUUUUUAUUAUUAUAAAAACUACAUAUUCGUUUCUGAAACGUUUUAUUAAAAUGUAUAUCUUCCCUUUUUGUUGUCCUUCACUUUCCUUCUAUCCUGUCAUUUAAAAAAAAAUCUUUUAUUUCCUUGCGGCUCUUCAUUAGUCUUUUUUUUAUACUAUAUAUAUUUUUUCUUACAUUAAUUUGCAAUUCAUACCAAAAUUUGUAGAAGGAAUAUUUGGAUCCCAUCACUUUGGAGUGUCUCCAAAAUGUAAAUAUUUUAUCAAAUAAAAUUAGAUAUAGAACUCUGAAAAAGUGUAUUUUUAUUGUUAGAUAAUGAGUACAUACAUAGUUUUCUACUAAUCUCAGUAGUUGGUGAGAAUAUUUUGAACUCUCUGAGCAUCAAGUCUGAUAAACAUUUACCUUCAGAAAGGAUUUUGCCCCAAAUAUAGCCAAAUAACUAACUCUACAUUGGUAAUUUGUUAAAUUAAAGAGACACUAUCGUCACCACAACAACUUUAGCUUAAUGAAGCAGUUUUAGUGUAUACAUCAUGCACCUGCAGUGUCACUUCUCAGUCCUCUGCCAUUUCGGAAUUAAAUCUCUUUGUUUAUGCAGCCCUAGUUGCAUGUGACUUAUGCCGCCUUCCUAAACACUUCCUGUAAAGAGAGAUCUAAUGUUUACACUUUCCUUAUUGCAAAUUCUGUCUAAUUUAGAAUUUCGUAUCUACUGCUCUGUUCAUAUCUUGCUAGACCGUGCAGAGACCUCCUGUCUGUAAUUAAAGUUCUAUUUACAGAGCAGGAGAUAAAACAUUUUAAAGUAAGUUGCAUCUGAUUGAAAAUUAACACCUUUUGUUGACUUUAGCGUCCCUUUUAAAGAACCACGAUAAGCACCCAGACCACUUCAGCUCAAUGAAGUGGUCUGGGUGCCAGAUCGCUCUAGUUUUAACCCUGCAGCUGAAAAUGUAGCAGUUUCAGAGAAACUGCUAUGUUUCACUGAGGGUUAAUCUCACUGACAGCCGCUAGAGGCGCUUCCGCGAUGCUCACUGUGAAAAUCAGUGAGAAGAAGCUGGAUGUCCAUAGGAAAGCACUGAGUAAUGCUUUCCUAUGGUCGGUUUGAAUGCGCCGCGCAUGCUCAUUCGGAGCUGAAGUCGGCAGAGGGAGGAGAGUUCCCCAGCGCAGAGGGAGCCUGUUGCUGGAGAAAGGUAAGUGGCUGAAGGGGUUUUAACCCCUUCAGCCCAGCGGGAGAGGGGCCCUGAGGGUGGGGGGGGACCUAAUGACCCUAUAGUGCCAGGAAGACGAGUUUGUUUUCCUGGCACUAUAGUGGUCCUUUAAUAUACUUUAUUUUUUUAACUAGUAUCUACAAUUUCCUCUGGUAUGAUAUGAAAAAUUGGUAUUUGGUCUAAAAUCUGUUUAUCCUGUUGGGUUUUAAAGUGCUAAUAAGGGAAAAUUUCUGAAUUUAUAUUAAAAUGUGAAAAAAACUAAAGACAGACUGUUAUCAGUUCCCAGAAUAAUAAAAAUCUGUUUUACACCAGCGUAAUAUAUGCUAUUGGACAUACAAGAUGUAAAGAUAAUUUAUUAUAGAAAAUAUGUUUCCUCAUUUUAUAUAAUUGUAGAAAAGAGCUUUCAACAUCAUAAUACCAUUAAUUUAAACAUCUGUUACGUAGAAUUUAUACUAGUGCAGCUAUUCUCCCAAUUUUUGUUUCAGGAACUGAGGAGACGUCGUUUCUGGCGUUCAGUGUUGGCAGAGACUUUAGGAACGUUUAUGCUGGUUUCUGUUGUAUUAGGAGCCUCUUGUUUGGGAACACAACAAACACAUUCCUUGGCCCCAGCACUAGCAGCUGGGCUAUCAGUUGUGAGCUUGGUGCAGUGUUUUGGAGAGAUCAGCGGCGCUCAAUUUAAUCCAGCCAUAACAUCUGCUCUAGUGUGUGCCCGGAAAUUAGACCUACUCCAUGGAUUAGCUUUUGCUGUAGCUCAAUGUCUUGGUGCUUUGUGUUCGUCUGCUAUUUUCUAUGUAUGUGUUCCAACAUAUAUGAGCAAUCAGUUUGUCACAAGAGUAAGUAUUACAUUACUCAGUAUAAAUUACCUAGACCCCUCAAAUUUUGCAAUAAAAUUCUUAACCUGUUUAGCCCUAAACUUCACUUAUCUCAUAUUUCAAAAUGAUGUUUAAUAACUGAAUUAUGACCACAUCACAAAUGUGUUUUCUGUCACUGUUUCUCAAUGUGUAUUUAAUGUAAAUAAAUUCAAGGUUAUGCACUUUGGGAUAGAGAAUUGAAGCAAUUUACAAACCAAACGUUAAUGGAUUAGGGAUAACAACACACAAGAAGGUAUUGUCAUGUAUAAAAAGGGGCAUUCUCGGGCUGAAAAUAUAAUUUUGCCGCUUUAUAAAUCAAUUGUAAGACAACACCUUGAAUAUGCUGUGCAAUUUUGGCAUCUGUUCUAUCGAAGGAUGCUAUAAAAAGUUUUAGAGGCAGGCUACAAAAUUAAUAGAAGGAAUUAAACAUUUUAGUUAUGAAGAAAGGUAAAAAAAUUGAAAUCUGUUUAGUUUAGAAAAAUAGCGCCACAGCAGGGAUAUGAUAGCAUUAUACAAAUAUAUUUGGGGCCCAUACAAACCAUUGUCUAGAAAUCUAUUCACAAACAGGACUAUUUAUAGGACACAAGAUCACACAUUUAGAAUGGAAGAAAGGAGAUUUAGUCUAAGGCAAAGGAAAGGGUUUUCUAUGGUAAGAAUAAUAAGGAUGUGCUUAUAAAAGUGCCUAAAAUUUUAUUUUUAUUAGAGUCUGUACAGACAGCAGCUGGGUGAAUACUUGCAAAAACAUAAUAUUCAGAGAUAUAAUUUUUAAUAUGUGGGGUAAUGGCUUUUGUGAACCUAGGAGAGAUCUGACUGUCAUUCUGGGUUUAAGGAGGGAUUUUUCCUAGUUUGUUGUCAAAUUGGAAAGCGCUUCAAACUGCAUUUUUUUUGUCUUCUUUUGGAUUAAACAGCAAAAACAGAUAUGAGAGAGACUGCAUUUGAUGGACCCAUGUCUCUUUUCAGCUAUGUAACUAUGUAUUUAUAUAAACAUGUUCUCUUUCCCGAUGCCUCUCCCACUCUAUAGUGUGGGGUUUAUUCAUUAAGCAAAGUACAAUUUAGAUGGAAGUAAGUUUAGGCAAAAGCAACUAAUGUGGAAAAUGGCUAAGUUUCAUAAUUGUUUUUGUCCAUUUAAUUAAUUUUCUCCAAAAUGUUGCACUUCUAUUUCCAGUUCUCUUCAGUUCCCAUGUUAGUGAAUAGACGCUUAUGUAUCUCAACUGAUGUGUCUUUACCGACUCUUAGAAUAUUUAAAUUCUUUGAUGUAAAGUGGACCAUAAUUCUUAUUGGAUUUUUUAUUAAAUUUUGCUUAAACUCAUUCACUACAGAGCACUGUUUGCUGAAAAAAAUAUUAGCAUAAUAUUUACUGAAAGCAUGGGAUGUCUAGCAAACAUAUGAACAUAAAAACAGCUAUUUUAUGUAUAGACUGCUUUGCAGACAAACAUAAAAAAUAAAAGUAUGUAAAUUUACACCAUUUUUAUUUUUACUCCUUUUUAUAUUUGGGAAAUUAACAGCUUUAGAUAGCAUUCGAAGCAAAAAUGCAUUUUGUUUUUUAUACACAUAUACACUAUUCACUGGUAUGCUACCCGUGUAUAUGGUAAUAUCUGGCAAUAUAGUGGCUUCUGGUAUAUAAAAAGUAUUCCUCUACAGGUUGGUAAUCAAAACUAGAGUUUAAAUGAGGCUUUACAUAUCGUACUGCAAAAUAUAAGAAAAUACAAAUAUUUAUACUUAAUGUUGGUACUGAAAAGGUUCAUGACAGUACAUUGCAGACCUUUAUAAAUAAUUCAGUGAAACUCUCUUAAGUCAUUUUAAUGGCCUGCUAGAUUUUAAAUGAAAAAUGAAAUAUAUAUAUAUAUAUAUAUAUAUAUAUAUAUAUAUAUCCAAAGCUCCUGCACUCCAACUUUAGCAAAAUAAGUAUCUGGUGCUCUGGUCACAUAGUAUACAUAUAGAAAGAAAUACCGGCACUCCAGGAUUUGAUAAAAAAAAUAUGAAAUCGUCUUUAUUCUUAUUGUUCCAAAUGGUCAACAUUUCAGCUCUUGUACAGAGCUUUCAUUAGGACAUACGUCGGUCCAUCUUUUUUAAGGAGUCUUCAAUAAAGCAUUGAGUUUUAAUCUUUAAAAGUCUGUGAGUAUUGGUCAUCCUUCUGCAUUUUUAAUGUACCGUAUAUACUCGAGUAUAAGCCGACCCGAAUAUAAGCCGACGCCCCUAAUUUUACCCCAAAAAACUGGGAAAACUUAUUGACUUGAGUAUAAGACUAGGGUGGGAAAUGCAGCAGCUACUGGUAAAUUUCUAAAUAAAAUUAGAUCCUAAAAAAAUUAUAUUAAUUGAAUAUUUAUUUACAGUGUGUGUAUAUGAUGAAUGCAGUGUGUGUGUAUGAGUGCGCAGUGUGUGUAUAAAUGCAGUGUGUAUAUGAGUGCGCAGUGUGUGUGUAUGAGUGCAGUGUAUGUGUGUAUGAAUGCAGUGUAUGUGUGUAUGAAUGCAGUGUAUGUGUGUAUGAGUGCAGUGUGUGUGUAUGAAUGCAGUGUGUGUGGUGCAGUGUGUGUGUAUGAGUGCAGUGUGUGUGAUGCAGUGUGUGUGUGUGUGUGUGAUGCAGUGUGUGUUUGUGUUGCAGAGCCUUGGUGGGGGGUGGGCAUUUUUAUAAAAAAAAAAUUAUUAUUAUUUACAUUUUUUUUUGUUAUAUUAUUAUUUUUUUAAUAAUUUUUUUAUUAUUAUUUUUACUUUUUUUAUUAUUAUUUAUGUAUUAUUUUAUUUAGUUUUUAGUUCAUUUUUUUGUUAUAUUAUUAUUUUUUUAUUAUUAUUUUUAUUUUUAUUAUUAUUUAUAUAUUAUAAAUUUAUUUAUUUUGUUGUCCCCCCUCCCUGCUUGAUACAUGGCAGGGAGGGGGGCUCUCCUUCCCUGGUGGUCCAGUGGCAUUGGCAGUUCAGUGGGGGGAGGAGGGGGGCUGGCAGAGCUGUUACUUACCUCUCCUGCAGCUCCUGUCAGCUCUCUCCUCCUCCGCGCCGGUCCGUGCAGCUCCUCUCUCAGCUCCCAGUGUAAGUCUCGCGAGAGCCGCACUAUGACCCCGCGGCUCUCGCGAGACUUACACUGGGAGCUGACUGAGGUGCUGCACGAACCGGCGCGGAGGAGGAGAGAGCUGACAGGAGCUGCAGGAGAGGUAAGUAACAGCUCUGCUAGCCCCCAGUCUGUAUUAUGGCAAUGUAAAUUAAUGUAAAUUGCCAUAAUACAGACUGACUCGAGUAUAAGCCGAGUUGGGGUUUUUCAGCACAAAAAAUGUGCUGAAAAACUCGGCUUAUACUCGAUUAUAUACGGUAUAUAUACACUACAGGUAUGUGUGUGUGUGUAUAUAUAUACCCCUAUAGUGUAGAUUGGAUUAGCCGUAUUUGGCAUUUCAUGAAUAAAAAAUAUCCGGUUAUUGUUAUUAUUAUCAGGAUUUAUAUAGCACAAACAUAUAUUUCACAGAUAUAUAUAUAUACCAUAUAUAUAUUUGUCAAGUAAUUGACAUAUAAAAUGAUAUUGGCAUAAAAAAAAAAAAGAGGUAAAGAAGGCCCUGCUCAAACAAUCUUACAAUCUAUAAGGAAGGGAUAAAAACAAACAAUAUAGGAGAGGGAAAACAACAUAUCCGAUAACUCACAUUGAUCAUUUUGUAUCUUAGAAUUGAGCUGAUGCAUUAACGCUUUAUCUACGCAAACAUGGAUAAGACCAGAGAUGUUCUGAGAGGAGUAAAUAUGUUGAGUAUUGAAGAUGCAAGUUUGCUGAAUUUUAACUCUCCUAAAAGUUAAGGAUUUGAGUACAGUUAUUAUUAUUAUUGCCAUUUAUAUAGCGCCAACAGAUUCAGUUGCGCUUUACAAUAUUAUAAGCGGGUGGAUUUAACUAUAAAUAGGACCAUUACAAGAAAACGAUAGGUUGAAGAGGACCCUGCUCAAACGAGCUUACAGUCUACAGUUCUGACACUAAACUAAUUUUCUUCACAGGUGAACAGUGAAGGUAAUGCUGCACAGGCUCUGGGCAUGGAAAUAAUGUCCACAUUCCAACUAGCAUUCACCAUCUUUGCAGUGGACGAUCGCAAACGGAGAGAUAUUACAGAGCCAGGGAGUCUUGCCAUUGGCUUCUCUCUCACUGCAGGUGCUACCGCGGCGGUAAGAAAAAUAUAUUUACUAGAAGUUUAUUACUAGAAACCAUUUCCUGUGUGAAAGCAGUGGAUAAUAAUGAAGUGAGUGAACUGUUUAUUUUGUGGCACAAUGUAAGACAUUCAGUCAAUAUUUUCUCUGCAUAGAGACAGAAACUGCACAUACAUAGUUGUUCCAUAGUUUCAUAGUUGCAUAAUAUACAGUAUGUCGAAAAACUCAAGUCUAUUGAAUUCAGUGUUUUGCAUAUCUGUAUUACUGCUGUUAAUCCAAAAGAAUGUGUACUUAAUAUGAAGUAAUUUCCAAUUUUGCCACAAACUCCCCCAAAAAAUCCUUAUUGACACCAAAAUGGCAUAAAGAGUUCGCUAUGGCUCAGAUAUACCACGUGUGUCAGAAACACCUUAUUGGGGAAAAAGGAUAAAUAGGGGUAAAUAAGUAAAACUAAUUUACCCUAGUAAAAUAUUUGCAUGUAGAAUAGGACUCCUCCAGGUCCUCAAUCAUAGAAAAUACAUAUACCAAAAAGCAGGUAACUACAAAGCAAAAAUAAAGAGAAAAUCAUAGGGCAAUAUUGCCGUGUCUAAAAUAAUAUUAAAAUUGGUGAAAUGCACACUCACAAACCCAAAUUGAUUGGAGGCGUAUCAAAUGCAGUGAAGAGUAUCCUCGUAUCAGAACUGCAGCAUAUAGGAGAGAAAAUGAAGAAGUGAUAGUGCAGAGUUUUUAUAACAAUAUAAACCUUUAAUAAAUAUUGCACUUAGAAGAUAAAAGCAAUAAAUGGGCACAUCACAACAGGGUAACUCGAUGUAGGCAAACAGAAACUCCCUCAGAGAUGAUGUUGAGCUGAUGGGGUCCUUUAAGCAGCACCAAAUUACAAGGAUAAAAAUAACAAUAACAUAAAAGAAACGCAAAAAACUCUAGGACUGAAGCCCUACGCGUUUCAUUAAAAAAUCUGAACUUCCUCAGGAAAGUCACAAUAUAUCUCCUAGUUCUCAUCUAGUCCAUGAAUGUCCGUGGAGCAUUUAAAUACAAGCAGCAGUUCCCUCAGGUUGCUGUCAGCCUCUCUGCAUGGAGCUUCUGUAGGUGUAGUGUGUUCUAUCUUGAUUUGUGUUCCACGCCUCAUUUUCAUGUGGGGAUUUUCAUCCGUUGAUUGUGUGACGUCAUCAUAAUGUUCAAUUUAUGCGUUCCACGUCUCUACGGCUCAGCCAGCUUUUACCCCACAUAUUAACUAAUACAUUUUUGAAUAUUCAGUUUUUCAAAAACAUUUUUAAACAUCUGUAGAGAACCUUUUAACAACAACAUUUUUAGGCAGAGGAUGCCACAUGUUUUUAAUUCUUACAGUAUAGAACCCUAUCCAACCCUUUGUUGUAGGCUUUCUUCAAUUCUCAAGGUAAGACACCCAACAUAAACAUCUAGAGGACUGAUGAAAUGCUACAAGGAAAUAGAUAAAAUGUAAUAGCAGUGUAUUAUGGUCCUUGUGGAUGACUUGGCUUAAUGCAGAGCCAGAAAGGCAAAAAUCACCAACGAGCUGGUAAAUAAAAGAAACUGGCCAAAGUCGAAGGUCAAGCGGUACUCCAGCUUGAUAUCCUUUAGCUCUCUCUGGAAGAAAUCCAGUAGAUUGGAUCUUAGCACUACUGAGUGCUUUUUGUACGUCUUCACAUAAAUCAAUCUUAUUUUACUGUUAAGUUUUCAUUAAAAUCACCUGGUUCAUUAACGUGAAAAGCAUCUAGAAUAAACAAAAGUAAUUCACGGGUUUCAGAUAAUUAUAACUAUCUAUUGUUAUUUAUAUUGUUAUCAUAUUGUAGAAUAAAUAAAAACUGUUGUUUUCUAGACAGUUUUACAGUCCACUGAACUAGAUACCAUUAAUGCUAUACUAGCAGGAUGUAGCAGAAUAUAAAUUUGGUAUGUUCACAAUAGUAGAAUACAUCAGGUCUGUGAGCUUAAUUACAAAACUGCAAUAUGUUUGUAAAAUAUUCUCCAGAUGGUAGCUCCAUGGAGGUAUGGCUAUAUACUAACAAGCACAAUAUGCUGUUCUGAUCGAGCUAUAGACUCUAACCCUUUCAUAAAGUAGACUCAAUAUUGGCUAUAUUUGGUUAUUUUGUAUUUUAUUAUGCAUUACUAAUUUCUUGCCACUAUAGGAAUAACUAUACUAUGGAACUGUGUACAUUAUACCUAUACAGUUAAUUUCAAUGGCCUAUUGUGGCAGUUAGAGUUUUAAUUACAUCAGAGUUUUGAUUAUGUUUUCCAUAGAACCAGGGCCAGAUUAAAAACCCAUUGGGCCUGGUGCUGUUAAUUAUGAUGGGCCUAAUUACAGAAACUUAUCGACAGAAAACACUAAAACAUUGUCAUGUAUCUGGUGGAGGUGGUGCUGGAGGGAAACUCACAGGAUAUAGCUAUCAGAAAACACAUACCCUAUGCUAAUCUCUCACUUUCAUCUCUUAAGUAAAUCCAUACCCCCUAAUAGUAGUGUCCAGUGAAGCAGGACAUCGGUAGGUGGGAUAAAAAGCCACUGACGCGAAUCACAUAGCCGGCACAGCCCAAAGGGGUGAACAUGCCCAAAAGAGGUGGCAUGUCUGCCCCAAAAAUUGGAAGGCCAGCCUGACUUGAAUCCAUUUCAGGCUGCCUGCCAAUCAUGCAGUCUUGCCAACCUAGGGGUUGUGUUAUACAGACAGUGCCCUGAGCUUGGCAUAAAUGCGUCUAAUGAUGCGCUUGCUCCACGCUUUCUAAGGACUAUACCCUAACAGUCACUUGUCCACUUCUCUCCUAACCUACUUACUAGCAGGCAGAAGCUUAUGUUAUACAGUCUGGGACAGAAAAGAAGGUGUAGGUAGUGAGUGUAGAAGAAAGGGGAUAUGCCACAGUGUUAGAGAGACUGAAGUCUGCUUUACCUUAACUAAUUUCAUUGUCAGCCAGUCAACACUAGGUUUGUUCCCCUACAUCCCUCUUAACUUUCCAUACUUAAGCAAGAGCAGGAGAAGAGCAGUAUUUAUUUAAUUUUUAGCACUGGGUCUAUUACAUGGACAUUGGCCUGGAACUGCCGCUCCAUCAGCCCCUAUGUUAAUCCGGCCCUGCAUAGAACACUUCUACAUCUUAGCAUUGUCAUAUCAAGUGCAUCCUUAAUAACUUCACCACCUGACAGGUCAUCCCAAUACAUGGAUAAUGAUUAAAUGUCCACAUCACAUCCCAAAAGCUAACCUAAACAUCUAAUAAUGCUUUGAUAAGCAUUUCAAAUGACUUACCAGUAAUAUUUUUUUGAAAUUUUUUUUAAUAACUAGAUUUUUUUUUAUAUAUUAAUAUAUUUUUAUAUAUGAUAAUUUUUUGAUAUUUUACUAUUUUGAAGGGGGAAAAAAGUAUUUUAAAUGUUUAUUUAAAAAUAUUAAAUUAUUUGAAGAGCUUAUCCAUAAUAUUAAAUCAAGGUCUAUGUUGGAAGUGCUUAAAAGACUAGCUCUAGCAGCUCAUGAGAAGAGGUCCUGUGAUCUUAUGCAUGUACUUGAAUAUACUUUUGGAUUCCCUGUUAGAUUCCUCAGCCAUGCAUUACUCCCUUCAUUUGAAAUUACUAGAAUGCUUAAUAAAAUGACAACACUAAAGUUGACAAAAAGAGACCUGGGCAUAAAGUAAUAUUCAUUUGCUAUAUAAAUAGCACAGUUUCUUUUUAACUAUGUAUAUCUACCAUGUUGUCCCAUGUUUCCAUAGUAAUAAUAUCUAUGUACAAUAUGUAUCUUGUUACAUAUUCCCACUCCAAUAUCCAGCUGUAGUAAUUACCUAAUUUACCAUGUGUCUACCACAGCAAUAUUUUAUAUUUAUAAAAUAUAUAUAAUUAUUUAUAUUAUUAAAUUUUGGGGGACUACUCUGAGCUUUACCAAAAAAACUGGGAACACCUAGUCACAAUAAUUUUCAUGUAGCUUAUAUAAAUUUUUUUGAUUUGAAGAGAAACAUUUACAUUUGUAUGGGUGACAGAUAUUUUAUUCAUCCCAAAAGACACCUUGGAAGUGUCUACUAGACCAAAAUAAAGAAUAAGAGCACGUUUCUUGCAGCAGUUUUAGUUCUGCUGCACUAACUGGCGAGAAGACACCUCAUAUUCCCCUAACUACCUGUACACACAGACAUAAUGUCACUGUGAACCCAUAUGUGCACCGUAAGUUCUUUCACAAGAGGCAUUUGAUGCAAAUCUAAAUAAAAAUGGAAAUAUUCUGAGAAUAUCAAUAAUAAUACUUACAAAAUACAUACCUUUUAGUGGUCUUUUUGACUAUUCCAUCCACUCAAAUAAAGUAACAUUGUUUCAUCUUAACAUGGAUACUCUAAGUACCAAAACAAUUUAUGUUCCCUUACAUAGAUCAUGUUAAAAUGAACUCUUCCGUCCCAGGUUUCUUAUAACUGCAGAAAUUUUCUGUGCUAGUACACUCAACUUCCCUUCCUAGCUUUGAGGUAUCAGAGAGGUAAAUUAUCCUUCUCUUUGCUGAUACAACUAUUUGCUACUACCUCUGAUAGGCUCUGGUCAUUGAACUACUUACCCCAGAAACACCCGUACUAUACUUUCUAGCAGUACUGGAUCACUUUGAAUUGUCGAAGUUCUUGAGUCAUGCUGCCCUUGGUUUUGUCCUCAAAAAGCGUGGCACAGGGCUGGCUGUGCAUAUUCAUUAAAGGGUAUUCAUGGACACCUUACAGCUCUAAUCCCUCCUGUCUCCAUUCAUUCCUCCCAGUAUUCAGACACCUGCUGUUCGGCAUUGAGUUGUAGGAUAUGCUUAGAACUGUCUGAGAACAGUGGAUAGUUAGGGUUGCAUGAGGGCCAGGAAUGGCUUGGAGAGCUCAAUGCAAAAGCUGCAAAUCCUGAGGAUUUGAAGCAAAUACAGACAUUUGAAAGGGGACAAUGUUUAUUAUAUUGUUUUAUUUAUUUAGUACAUAUGCCAUUUAAUGCAUUAAUAAAGUAGGAUCAUUUUCGGCCAGACUGUUUCAUUUUAAGAUAAGUUUCCUUUAAUAUAUACUUAAUUUUUUUUUACAUGAGUCAUGUUUUCUUCACACAGGGUCAUUUUUCUGGUGGCAGUAUGAACCCAGCCCGAUCACUAGGCCCAGCUGUUGUCACAGGGAUUUGGGAAAAUCAUUGGGUGAGAGAGUUUUGAAAAUGUGUAAAAAUCCCUAGCUAAAAUAAGAUAAUGUACUUUUAUAUAGCAUCAGGGUAAAAACCAGAAGGCUACAGUUGUACAAUAUGCCAUGGAUGGCACCAGAGUAGUCUGCCACGCCUUAAAAGAAGAACUCUACUAAAUUUGUAAAUUCAUGUUUUUCUUUCAUGAUAUUACUUUAUAGUUGCACAAACCAAGCUAUAGCUUUGACUAAACAUCUUUCAUUUCAAUGUAUACAUAACUACAGAAUAAUUAUUCUAGGGAAGGCUGCAUUUGGAACUUAGAAGUGUGUCAAUAUGUGUGCAUUACAAAUUACACUGCUGCUGGGGCCAAUUCAUACAACAUUUUGGGAGUCCAAUAUUUGGGAGUCCAGGCCAACUCCCCAGUUUGGCACCCCUCCCUGUCACAGGUGCCUCAUUCCGGGGCCCUGUUUAACCUUGACCUGCAGAGAGACCCAGGAGGGAGGAUUUCCAAAUAAGUGGGUAAUCUCAUAAGUGCAGGCAUUAGGUUACCACGAUAUGACCUGCCAAAAAUUGGGUACUUUGGUGUUGUGGCAGACUUAUGCAAUGCAUGAGCAUAUACUGUAACUAAAUCCCCAUAAUUUUAGCCUCAACUAGGUGUUUAAAAACAAAAAACUAUUACAUUCUGUGAGCUGUCAAAUUACUGUUUAGUGAAUGGGUGAGUGCGCUGGAUCUUGUAUGAUAUAUAUAUCAGUCAAAUAGACCAGGCAUCUCCAAUAAUACCCUUUGACAUAGUUUAUCAACAUCGUGAAAGCUCCCUCCCCCCCAAAAAAAAAUAUUUGCGCUGUAGCACAAAAUGUUCAAUUACCAGCGCAUAAGGUUUUCUUUUCACUCAAAUUUCUACAGAUAGCAAAUAGAUUGUAGUAUUUAGGUGCAGGUGUGCUUCUGUGUGUAGAGUUGGUGUUUGUAUAUAAUUUCAGCAUUUUAAUACAGGGAUGUUUUGUGUGUAAUGUUUGCAUUUGCGUGCAGAGGUGUGUUUUGUUGUAGUGUUGGUGUUUGAGUGUUUGUAUAUAAUUUUAGAGUUGGAGUUCAGAGGUGUCUUUGUAUGUCAUGUUUGUGUUUGCAGGAGUUUGUGUUGUGUUGGUGUUUUAUUGCUGGAAUGUUUGUACAUGUACUGCCACAAACAUGCUUUCACAUUUACUUGCACAUAUAUACAUACACAUUAACAAACAGAAACACACCAACACAUACACAGUCAUACACACACUAACACAUACACACACACACCUUGACACAUAGAUAUACACACUGGCACAUGCAAACACCAAUACGCCCACUGGCAAAAAGAUAAACUCUGGCCUCUACACACAGAUGCACACACUGGCACAUACAGACACUGACAGAUGCACACUGGCACACAGAUACACACAUUGAUACACACACACUGGCAACUACACACAGAUACACACACAUUGGCACAUACACACACACACUGACUGAUACUCAUUGACAUAUAGAUACACACUGACAGAUACACAUAUUUAACAGGUACAUAUACACAUCUUGAAAAUGUAAAAUUCUAUAGUUCUAUUUAGUUUUUUUUACAUUUCUCAUUCCUUUUUAAGUUUGACAUGUUUUUACAUGACUUACCUGGCAAAGCAAGUAAAUUAUAUUGACCCCUGUAGCAGUGUAUAUGUGGCACUACUAAAGGAAGCCUGGGGGCUUUUCAAGCACCAUGGGGUGGUGAAUUCAUCCUGAACAUAUACUGUAAGCUUGUUUGAGCAGGGCCCUCUUCAACCCAUUGUUCCUGUAAGGUUUUGUAAUUGUCUCAUUUAUUGUUAAAUCUUCCCAUUUCAUAACAUUCUAAAGCGCUACGGAAAAUGCUGGUGCUAUAUAAAUACUAGUAAUAAUAAUAAUAACAUAAAAGUGUAUUUUUGGCUUAUGCUUCAACAUUUUUUACAAAGGUUAAUGAAAGAGGAAAUAUCAUUUACAGACCAGUGAGAUCAAUUUAAAAAAAGGAUAUCGGUUUGUAUACCCAUACUGCACAAGGAGGUAAACUGACUUUAUAAGAAAAUAUAACAUAUAUUUAGAAUACAUUUUUAGCCCAAUGUGUCAGUGAGAAAUAGCUCAUAACAGACAAUAUUCUCUUAACAUGCUUUCAAUGCACUCAGUAUAUUGAAAAAUCUGUUAUAUAAGUGUUUUAGACAUAUUUGCUUUAGUUUAAAAUUUUCCAGUGUAACUCUUGAAAUGUCUCACUGCUUUCAGCUGUGUGUUCUAACACUGCAUUACCCUUAGGUCUACUGGAUUGGACCAGUGAUGGGUGCAUUUUUGGCUGGUGCCUCUUAUGAGUUCUUCUUUGCAUCCAGUGCUUCCCGAGAGAAACUAGUUGCUUGUCUAACUUGUAAAGACAUUGAAAUGGUGGAAACAGCAAGUGUAUCACGCUCAUCCCUUUCUACUGCCACACGUACCAGGCAAUCUGAUCGUAAACAGGAACACACUUGAUCGGAUGUGUUGCAGAGAACAGAGUGCACAAGCUCUUUCUGGGCAUGUACAACUCAUAUUCAUUGUAAUACGUGGGGUUUGAUUUACAUUUCAAUUGAAUAUUACAGAAUGUUGCAUAUCACAAAGCCCAGUUUUCCAACACAUUUGUAUAUUGUAUUUAAAAAUUCUAGGUAAUCAUAUCUAUUUGUUAUGUUGCAUCUUUGACUGCAUUUUGUUUCAAUGUAAUUUUUAUUGAAAUGAUCAUAGAAAGAAAAAAUUUAGUCACAGUUUGAUGACACAAAAAGCUACUAGGGACAAAGGCGCAAAGGACAAAAAGCGACCAGAGUGGGCAAGGUCCCCAAAUAUGUAAAACAAGCAAAUAUUGAAACAAUGGAAAACAUUCACAAUAAAAAAAAGAGGUCAAAAUAUAGAGAUGUGUUAUCAUCAUUAGUUAGUACAAUAAUGAGUUAUCAUACACUGUGAGAGAGUAAAGGAGAAAGAGAGGGUCAGCUGUAUUUUGCUCACAAACUACACAGGAUGAAUUCCUAAAGGCACACUCUAGACCCUAAAGCACUUUAGCUUGUUGAAAUGCUUACGUGAAGAGAGUGUCAAGAAAUUGGCAACUUUAUAAAUUAACUGUGUUAGACUCCUGUGGCUGUCAAUCAGACAACUGGUUCUGUAACUGCCUGGUUUGUGUAGCUCAAUGUAGCUAAACUCUUAAGGCAGCAAUUGCUCACAACACCUGCCUUGUAAAGACUUCUCAGUGAAAUGCAUUGAGAAGUCUAUGAUUGAACAGCCACAGAAAGUCUGGGCAGGGUUAGAACGGGAGGGCUUGCAAAGGCAUCAGACAAGAGAUUGCAAGCUGUUUUUAAAAAUACCCCCAAGGAAAACAUACAUAAAUAAAUGCAUGCAUGUUUUCAUUGGGGGUUCAGUGAUUUAUUUUAUUUGUGCAGUGGUGUGUCUCUUUACACCCUUUACUACCUAGCACAUUAGGAUUACCAUAUCAUGCAUUUGAAGCAAGGGAAGUAGAGCUAGCAUAUUAACAUGUAACACAAUAAUUUUGUGUAUAGAUUGCUGUUUAAACAAAUGUAAAAAUGAAAAAGUAAUUUGUCACUUUUACACAAUUUUUAUUUUUCACUUAUUCUUUCAACCUUUAUAAAACAUUUUGUGAAAUGAAAAGUUUUAGACAGUAUACAUUAUAGGGUGUUAAAAGUGAAAAAAUCAAAUCCCUAGCUUCAGAAUGAAUCAUGAUUCUAAUAUAACUUGUUACGAUUGAAGCUAAAGAAAGCACAGGGCCAGAAGGUGCUCCAGUAACCAAGAUGGUGGCUCGUCACUGUGGUGUAACUACAGUAAUAGUGCAACACAGAGAUGCAGAAUGCAAGAAAAGAAAUUAUGUUAACCCCUUUCCAACCCUGAGAUAUUCCAUGCCUUCCUCCACAGAGUAGGCUUAUAGGCUGUAAGGAUGACAUGGAACUUCCUGCAGUUUUGUUGUGAUCAGGCAGACACUAGCUAGUGAUAGGUAUUAAUUGAUACUUGGGACUUUUCUCUGUCUGUUGGGGACAUUUUUAGUGGCCCCAGACUGACAGAUGCACUAUAUGCAGUGCUCAAAGUGAGGGUUAUAGCCAUUUUGGUCCACGUAUAAGACAUUGUAGUUUGAGCAGUUUUAAAUCCCUACUCACCAGGAAAGUCAGGUAUCAAUAGAUACAUGGAGCUUUCCUAUUUCAGUUGAGGUAAUUUUUGAUGUCUAAGACUGACUGACGAGUUGUAUGCAGCGUUGAAAGUCAAUGCUGCAUACAGCCCUUUAAAUCCAUUCUGAACACCACGGGUGGGUAAUCGGGUGAUAGAUCGUGCUCAGCUGCAGUGAUUCUAUGGUUGCAGGCUGCUAAAGGGCUACUCCCAGGGUCUGAAGAAAUCCAGAAAGGGACUGUCCGGUUAUUCAUCAGGUCAGGCAAGAGUUCUGCAAAAGGAUUAACAUUUAUGUCACUUUUCUUAGGGUUACCCAUAGUAUGGGCAGCAAACAAGUAAGGAUAUAACACACAGAGGGAAAUGUAAAUAAAUGGAACGGUCAAAGGAGUAGUCAGAGAAUCAGGAAUAGAGGUGUACAGGGAAUGAGAAGUGAUGCCAAUAAUCGAGUAUAUAAGAUAAGUAUAAGAUAAUCGAGAAUAUAUAGGAGGAAGAGGGUGAACUUAAGGAAGAUCAGGGAAGGUAAGACAAAGAACCUAAUUUAAUGAAUAUUCCCCAAAAUACAAUUAAGUGCAAUAAACAUCUAAAUUAGACAAAGAACAAGGAGAGCUAUGGUUAAAAAAUAAGAAGAGCUUACUGAAAAUUAAAUAUAAAUAUACGGUUUCGUAUAAUUAAGCAAAUAAUCAAGAAAGAGCAAACAAAAAAGGCAAGUAAUCAGGACAAAUCUACAGAGGAAAUAAACAGGUAAGUAGGAUUGGUUCAGGAGUUGGCUGAAGGUCCUUUAGUUAAGGAUAAUUGGCAGUAGAAUUCAUUUUGUUCCGAAUGUAAAUUCGGAUAAAUUUCAGGCAAUUCGGACAUUCGGAUGCUUCUAAAUAUAUGAAGUGCCCAAUUGCCAAAUUUCCGAAGUGCCGAUCCGAAUUGCCGAAUUUCAGAAGUACCGAAGUGCUUCGGAUUUCUGAAAAGUAGCAAAACGAGAGGGAGGGAAAAUUACGUGAAUGAUGACAGGAAUCUUGACCAAUAAGCUAAUUCCUGGCACUGGGAGCCCUAUAAAUGUGUAAGUGGUUGUGGUGGCAAUCCUGGCACUGGGAGCCCUACAGAUGUGUAAGUGGUUGUGUUGACAGUCUGGGCACUGGGAGCCCUAUAGAUGUGUAAGUGGUUGUGGUGGUAAGGUUUAGUGAUGGGGCUAGGGAGCUAGAUGUUCCGAAUUCCAAAGUUCCAAAUUGAAGAAGUCCCGAAUUGCUCAAUACUGGAAAUUGAGUCAGGGGAUUAUAAACCAGGAACACCGGAACCAUGAGUUGGUGCUUAGAAGAAUCCAAUAACUGAGAAAUGCAUCUAAGAAUGCCACAGGUUUAUGAAAUCGGAUCUGAAUGAAAAUGACACUGCCAUAAUGAUCCAUCCACUCUCAUAUGCCUGGGUGUUUGAUAAAAAUAUAUUAGUUUCAUACGUGUUUAUUUAGAAUAUUUGCACAUGUGCUGAAACAGUCAUACAUCUAUUAAUAUUUCUUAACCACUGAGAUGGAAUGGAUUUGUGCAUAUUGUAAGUGACAGACAGUGCAGGGGAUUAAAAGAAAGAAACUGCCAAACUGUGAUGGGCAAUACUUGGUAGGAAUGUGAGACAAAUUAAAGACUUUUUCAGAUGGGUGAACAGAGUUAACAUCAAUAAAAUACUAACAUCAGGUUGUGGAGCAUGUCAAUAACGUCUAUCUAUAAUAAGUAUAAUGCACACAACUAAUGACAAUAUUAUGCCAAGGUCACAUUAUGAAGUAUUGACCCCCACCCCCAAAAAAGCCUUGUUAUAGGGGGCGGGGCCAAGCAGCCAAGAUGGCCGGACGUGUAUACCCACAGCUCCGACAUCGUGGCCCGUAAACAUCGCCUAUACGACACUUUCCCUGCCGUGAGUAACCCUCCGAGACCCGGGGGCCGGUCUGCUUCCAAGGGGGCACACAUUGAUACCUGAAUCCUGUAACUAACCCCGACAGAACCGCAGAUAGGCCCGGCGGCCUAGCCUGAAGCGAGACGCACGCGGGUAUCGUGGGAGAGACGGCCGCUCUCCCUCGGCCACAGUGCGCAACUACUCUCGGCAUGGGACCCCGUUCCCCCCCCAUAGACCGGUGGGGGUCAUCCCGGUCCUCUACGCCCCGCAGCAGACAACAAAGCGGGCCCCAGCUGGCUUACCGCGACAAAGUUAUGGAGAAGAAGAGCCUCUCAAAAUGGCGGUACGCACCCCAACGAAACCCAUAGACACAAGCACAGCAUGGAGGCCAGAUGCGGGCAGGUACUCACUCACAGACUGCUGACAAACUGGAGUCAAAAGACUGAGUCACAGACACCAGCACAGAACGACUUACCCCCAGCGAAUGGGCACUUGACUUUCAAACCAGGUUUGAGGCCAUAUGCAGGCGGGUCUGGGCCAGCCUGGAGGUCAAACAACAGCCCCUAAAGUCACCGGCGGGCGGUACCACAGCGAACUCACCCACAACAAGACUAUCACACAGGGCUCAUAGCCCUAAAGAGCAACGGACCAGGGCACAGCUGAGGAUGCCCCAAACUGGGCCCAGAGCCACGUGGGGUGUAAACCUAACACGCCACCCACACCGGCGAAAGAAAACAGGGCGCAAGCUGCAACACCAGAGUGGGACCCCAGGCAGCCACAUACCACGCCAUACACCUCGGACACAUAAGCAGAGUGCUGCAGAGGGCAAACGGCGCAACCCGCCAUCACCUCAUGGUGCCCACAGCAACAACCCCCCCCAAGAAACUCCAGGACCCCACAGGACAGCGGGCGCAAGGUAG